GACAGAAAAAAAUUCAAUCUUGACGAUUUGAAAAUGUUUUGAACUUUAGUACUUCCAAACUGUUGAAAAGCAAAUUAAAAUUCAUGACAACUCAUUUAUUAUACAUAUAUUCUGAAAGAUAACAAAAUAUAUCCGCGCUUAAAAAUGUCCCGAUCCACUAAAGAGACUGUGAAGCCCAAAUCCAGAGUAAGCUUUGAGUUGAGCUCUAAAACACAUUUAUCGCUGAGAUACAGCAGCAGCGGUAAGAUACGCAUAGAUCAAACAAAAAGAUUAGAAAAACCCACAGGGCACGUCUCCCUAAAAGAGGUGCAACCCAGAAAACCGGUACGAGAGAUCAUAAGAAAGACAAAAUUUGAUGAGGAUAAUAUUUCGUUGACGUCCAAAUCAGUGAGCCACGACGGUAGAGUAUUACCAGUAAUCUCUCUUAUCACGCCACACUUAAGUAUGAUAAACACGUGUAUUCACUCGAGAUUAUCGGAAAUGAAUGGGAGAAAAUCGUUAGUUGGUAGUUUCGUUAUGGAUUCGCCAACCGAAACGAGCAGUUCGUCUAUGAUUUCGUCAAGAUUGGAAUUCAAUUUGAAAAGAAAACAAUUUUGUAAAGGAGAAUAUACAAAUGCGAAAUAUGGACGAUGCGAUCGUAUACAUCCGCAAAUGGGCGGUAUACCGGCAAAUCGAUUGGUAUGCUCUCCGCGCUCUAUGGAAAAUUCAAUGGGGGAAAUCACCUACCCGUUAAAUUCAAAGUGAAGGUAAAGUUCAUGAAAGAAAAAAUUUAUAUACAUAAUAUAUAACAAUUAAAAUAAAUAAAAAGGAUUUUUUAAGCCUGUAUAGGUCCCUCUCUA